AUGUCUCCGCAUGAUCACAUCUACUGUUAUAACUGCGGAACUGAAGUUGCACUCGUUCAUGAUUACCAUGACACUGUAAGGAUUUCUACUGUAGAUGACUUAGUGAAUGCAGGGUUUUUUACUGAAGUGUAUAAUGUUAAAGAAGCACAGAACGAGCAAUAUAUUAAAGAUGGCAUGACCCUAGCCAAGGCUUACUGUGCUAACUGUAAAAAACUGCUCGGAUGGAAACUUAUUGCAGCCUCCCAACCGUCUAGGAGUCGUAGAGUAGGAGGAUUCUAUCUGACAUUGAAGGAGGUUAGUUUCUUUGAUGAUGUAACGUUGCAUGAUCAAAAAAGACGCGAUAAUGAGAAAAAUGUUGAUCAAGGUGGAGGUGCUAAUGAGCAAAAUGUGUAUCAAGGUGGAGGCGCUAAUGAGCAAAAUGUUGAUCAAGGUGAAGGCGCUAAUGAGCAAAAUGUUGAUCAAGGUGGAGGCGCUAAUGAGCAAAAUGUUGAUCAAGGUGGAGGCGCUAAUGAGCAAAAUGUUGAUCAAGGUGGAGGCGCUAAUGAGCAAAAUGUUGAUCAAGGUGGAGGCGCUAAUGAGCAAAAUGUUGAUCAAGAUGGAGGCACUAAUGAGCAAAAUGUUGUUCAAGAUGGAGGCGCUAAUGAGCAAAAUGUUGAUCAAGAUGGAGGCGCUAAUGAGCAAAAUGUUGAUCAAGAUGGAGGCGCUAAUGGACAGAAUCAUGAUCAAGAUGGAGGCCCUAAUGAGGAAAAUGUUGAUCAAGAUGGAGGCCCUAAUGAGGAAAAUGUUGAUCAAGCUGGAGGCCCUAAUGAGGAAAAUGUUGAUCAAGCUGGAGGCGCUAAUGAGGAAAAUAAUGAUAAUCAAGAUGGAGGCCUUAAUGAGGAAAAUGCUGAUCAAGCUGGAGGCCCUAAUGAGGAAAAUGUUGAUCAAGCUGGAGGCCUUAAUGAGGAAAAUGCUGAUCAAGCUGGAGGCCCUAAUGAGGAAAAUGUUGAUCAAGCUGGAGGCGCUAAUGAGGAAAAUAAUGAUAAUCAAGAUGGAGGCGCUAAUAAUGAGGAAAAUGUUGAUAAUCAACUCUUAGUUCCUAAUGGACUGCCUAAUGGGCAUAUUGGUCGAAAUCCAAACAUUUGA